AGACUCAAGCCCUUCGACACUGAAGUGCCAGUUCAUUGUUACAGUGCAGAUGUAGAAGGUCUCUGCACAUCUUCACCAGCACAGCAGUUAGGCUUUCACUGCCAUUCGCCAGUGAUGCCUCCAUCGUAGCUGUCCCCUCUCAUGGGAAUGGAUACAAAUCGGUUUAGGAACUGAAAUAAAGUUUUCUUUCUCGACUGCCAUCAUGGGGAAUAUAAUAAAAGGCCAAGUAGCUGACAAUCACACUGUGUCCAACCACUUUGAUCCUUCAUUUAAAGAUGAUGAGAAUUUGGUUGUCAUUGCUGACUACCCGUGCCGAGACAUAAGUGAGCCGAUGUUUAGGAUGGGUGAGAAACUGAAGGUUCUGUCUCAGGAAGCCUGCUGGUGGAAAGUCCGCUCUUUGCAAACUGGAACUGAGAACUAUAUCCCAAAUAACCAUGUGGCAAAGGUCUAUCAUGGAUGGCUUUUCGAAGGAGUGGGGAGGCAAAAAGCAGAGGAGCUGCUAUAUUUACCCGGCAACACGGUCGGCUCUUUUCUCAUUAGAGAAAGUCCAAGCCAAAGAGGUGUGUAUUCUCUGUCUGUGAGACACAGAGAUGUAAUGCAUUAUAAGAUCCUGCGUUUGGACAACAGCUGGUACUACAUCUCUCCUCGUCUCACCUUUCAGUGCUUAGAGGACAUGGUCAACCACUACUCAGACUCUUCAGAUGGCAUUUGCUGCAUUCUCUCAGCCCCUUGUCUGGCUCUUAACAGUACUACGCCAAGUUCAGUCUCACAAGCGCCCCCUGUGGUGAUGCGCCGUAACUUCGAAUGGAGAAAAGUGAACAGGUCUCAGUUGUUGAACAGUGAUACUCAGAGCAGUGUGGUGAGCUAUGGAGUGAGAAGCAGCAUUGCUGCAUAUCUGAACAUUGCUCAGGAAGAAGAAAGAAAAAGCAGACGGAAGAAGAAGGGCUGGACAGUCUAUGGGAUUCCUGGCAACAGUAAUAUGGAGCGAGAAAACACCAAUUAGGACAUGUGCAGACAUUUUUAUAUUUUCCUUUGCUUGGAAAAUGACUGAAGGAAGUGGUAGAUUUUUAUUCAGUCAAUGUGAGCAAUAAACAUUUAGUGACUCUUAGUCUGUAAGGUGACUGUAGAAUUGUACUAAAUUACUGAGUUGAAACAAAGAUGAUUGCUGAAUAUCAUGGACUUUAUAGUGGCACUUUAUUUGAGAUGGGAGACACAAAAGCAGUUUACAAAUACAAAAUUUAUUCUAAGUUCUUGCUUUGUAAAACUUUUUAAGAAGACUUUUUUUUCUGUUUACUUAGUGAUUACGUUUUUUUGUGCUGAAUCGCAGUGGAAGAACAAUAUGAGCCUCUAUCCAGAAAAAUACCAGUACAAACAGCUUGCUAAGCACUUCUUAGCCUGUCUUGGCUUUUUGCCUGAUGUUGUAAAACUUCAUGGGGUGUUGAUUAAACACACGAUUACUUCUAAUUUUGUCAGAUUUAUUCUAUUCUAAUUCUAAUAAAAUGUUUUGGCUUUAUUUUUUUAGGUCUAGCUGCUAGAGAUUAUAUAUAUAUAUAUAUUUUUGUAUAUAAACAUAAGUAGUUUCACAAAUUGUUUUACUUUAAGUGUCUCUACACACUAAAAGGAAAAGUUUUUAUUUAACAGCUUUUUUUGGAACGGUCGUAGUUUCUAACUUCCAGAAAAGCAAACACUCUGUUGUACUGAUCAAUAGUACUGUGAAAAAGUUUAAAGGCACAUGAAAAGAACUGUGUUUGUGUCCACCUUAAGGAAAUCAACCGGCACGUUGUUUUUGGAAAACUUGCCACCUGUCUUCUGCAGUCUUUGGCUCUCACUUUUUCCGUCUCAGCAGACCUCAGACACUUUCAUGAUGUUUUUAUUCUCUCUUUUUAAAUUCUAAGUGAGAAUGUUUUAAAAUUAAAAUGUACUUAUUUGUACUGACUCA